AUGUCCGCGACACCAGAAAACGCAUCCGCAUCCCCGAAGACCAAUGAGUGCAUGAAAUACUUCCUGAUCUUCGAAAAGUGUCCUUGGUCAGCCCUACGAAAGCUGGACGACUUUCUAGUCAACCCAACGAGGCUUAGGUUUGCGUUGAUGUCAAAUCGAAAUCUCAAAUUCAUACGAGUUGGACUUCCAUUUUUUUCGAUUGUUCUUGGUGGUGCUUACGGUCUACAGUACUUCCAACAAGUGCGACUCGAUUUUCGUAAGAUCAAACAACAGGACAACAAUUUAGAACAUCUGAAAAGUGACCUGGAAAAGGGUGGUAUACGUCUUCGUAAGAACGUCACCGUUGAUACCGUCUACAAAGAAGUAGCGAAUCUCGACUCGGACAACUGGGAAAAUAUUCGUGGACCUCGAGAAUCAGAAGAUACUUCUGAAUAUUUGCGCAUCAAGUAUGUACAUUCAUCUCUAUUAAUCCUUUCUCAUACCGUGUAG